UCACACAGAUCCACACGUGCAAUAUUUACGAAAUAUGCGCAAUCUGAAGCUGCGAUAUUGCAAGGAGCUGCAUGCAGUGGCUCAUCCCCGGCAUCUGCUCCUUCAACCAGAACUAAAUGGCGGUGUCUUGGACGCAUACUUCGUGGUGGCCGAUAACCAGAUCUACGCGAUUCAGGAGUCCGGAGAUGUACAACCAAAAGUCAUUGCCGAUUUGCCGGACAUAGUGGGAGUGGAGUUCUUACAGCUGGACAAUGCGAUCUGCGUGGCCAGUGGUGCUGGUGAAGUGAUCCUGGUCGACCCCCAAACAGGGGCUACCAGCGAGGGAACGUUCUGCGACGUUGGCAUAGAGAGCAUGGCAUGGUCGCCUAAUCAGGAAGUGGUGGCCUUCGUUACCCGCACUCACAACGUGGUGUUGAUGACCAGCACCUUUGACGUUAUUGCGGAGCAGCCACUGGACGCAGAACUAGACCCAGAUCAGCAGUUUGUCAAUGUGGGAUGGGGCAAGAAGGAGACGCAGUUCCACGGAUCGGAGGGAAAGCAGGCUGCGAAGCAGAAAGAAUCCGAUUCUAUAUCCAUCCGCGACGAACAGGAACUAAAUCAGGAUGUAAGCAUUUCCUGGCGAGGCGAUGGUGCAUUUUUUGUUGUGUCUUAUGUGGCAGCCCAAUUGGGUCGCACCUUUAAGGUGUACGAUAGCGAGGGAAAACUGAAUCACACAGCCGAAAAGAGUGCAAAUCUAAAAGAUUCAGUUGUCUGGCGGCCUACUGGUAAUUGGAUUGCCGUACCCCAGCAGUUUCCCAACAAGUCAACCAUAGCCCUUUUUGAGAAAAAUGGCUUGCGACAUCGGGAGCUGGUCCUUCCCUUUGAUUUGCAGGAUGAGCCGGUGGUGGAGCUGCGCUGGAGCGAGGACUCCGACAUACUGGCCAUUAGGACAUGUGCCAAAGAAGAGCAAAGGGUGUACCUGUAUACAAUAGGCAACUACCACUGGUACUUGAAGCAGGUGUUGAUUUUUGAACAAGCUGAUCCACUGGCACUGCUUCAUUGGGACACGCGGUGUGGAGCCGAACACACACUUCACAUUCUUAAAGAAAGCGGCAAGCAUCUGGUCUACCGCUGGGCAUUUGCCGUAGAUCGAAAUAAUUCUAUCGUGGGAGUCAUUGAUGGUAAUCGCCUGUUGCUCACAGAUUUCGACGAGGCCAUAGUACCACCACCCAUGAGUAAGAUCGUCCUUAAAUUCGAAACGUAUAUCAAUGCCUUCAUCAGCCAUGGUACCAGCUUGUGGGUAUACACCUGCGAUCGUAAAAUAUACCUGAAUGAACACAUACAUACGUUAGGCAAACAGCUACAAAAGCCCAUCAUGCUUAUGCCCGAUGCCGAGCUUUCUGGCUUGCAUCUAGCCAAUCUCACCCAUUUCUCGCCCCACUAUCUGCUGGCCACUCACAGUUCAGCAGGAUCCACACGUCUGCUAUUGUUGUCCUAUAGGGAUAAUGUCAACAAGCCAGGCGAGUGGUGCUAUCGUGUGCACAGUUCUGUGCGGAUCAACGGAUUGGUGAAUGCUGUUGCAGUCGCACCUUAUGCUAUGAAUGAGUUUUACGUGCAAACGGUGAACAAUAGUCACACAUACGAGGUGUCGCUUAAAGCGGACAAGACACUUAAGGUGGAGCGAUCUUAUGUGCAGCUGAAUGAGCCGGCUGACCAGAUAGAUUGGGUUAUCGUCAAAGGAUGUAUUUGGGAUGGUUACACAGGUGCUCUCGUCACCUUUCGUAAUCAGCAUCUGCUCCAUAUGGAUGGUUAUCACAUUGGCGAGGACGUCACUUCCUUCUGCGUAGUUACUAAUUAUCUGGUAUACACCCAGCUAAAUACGAUGCACUUUGUUCGACUGGUGGAUCGCCGCCAGGUGGCAAGCAGGAACAUUGAACGUGGUGCCAAGAUAGUAACGGCGGUGGCCCGCAAAGCGCGCGUCGUGCUGCAGUUGCCGCGCGGAAACCUGGAGGCCAUUUGCCCUCGUGUGCUCGUCCUCGAGUUGGUCGGUGAUCUUCUGGAACGUGGGAAAUACCAGAAGGCAAUUGAGAUGUCGCGCAAGCAACGUAUCAACCUGAAUAUCAUUUUCGAUCACGAUGUGAAGCGGUUCGUGUCCUCAGUGGGCGACUUUCUGAACGACAUCAAAGAACCUCAGUGGCUCUGUCUGUUCCUCAGUGAGUUACAGAAUGAGGACUUUACCAAAGGAAUGUACUCCAGUAAUUAUGAUGCGGCCAAACAGACCUAUCCCUCGGAUUAUAGGGUUGAUCAGAAGGUGGAAUACGUGUGUCGACUGCUGGAACAGCAAAUGAAUAAGUUGGUUAGCCGUUUUCGUCUGCCUUUGAUCACCGCCUAUGUAAAAUUGGGCUGUUUGGAAACAGCUCUCCAGGUGAUUUGGAAGGUCCAGCAAGAAGAUGCGUCCCUUGCUGACCAGCUACUGCAACAUCUUCUUUAUUUGGUGGACGUUAACGACCUGUACAAUGUGGCCCUAGGCACCUACGAUUUCGGACUCGUUCUGUUCGUGGCUCAAAAGUCACAAAAGGAUCCUAAGGAGUUCCUUCCCUAUCUCAACGAAUUAAAGGCAUUGCCUAUAGACUAUCGCAAGUUCCGGAUUGAUGAUCACCUUAAAAGAUAUAAUUUGGCACUUUCACAUCUUGCUGCUUGCGGAGAGCAGCAUAACGAGGAGGCUCUGGAAUAUAUCCAUAAGCAUGGCCUGUACACUGAUGGCUUGGCAUUCUAUCGGGAGCACAUUGAGUUCCAGAAGAACAUAUACGUGGCCUACGCAGAUCAUCUUAGGGGCAUUGCCAAAUUGGACAACGCCAGUCUCAUGUACGAACGUGGUGGACAGUUGCAGCAGGCGCUACUCAGUGCAAAACACACUCUCGAUUGGCAACGUGUUUUGGUGCUGGCCAAAAAGUUGGGUGAGCCUCUGGAUCAGGUGGCCCAGUCGCUGGUUGGGCCGUUGCAACAGCAGGGUCGCCACAUGGAAGCGUAUGAGUUGGUAAAAGAGCACUGUCAGGAUCGAAAGCGGCAGUUGGAUGUGUUGCUUGAGGGUCAUCUGUACAGCAGAGCUAUUUACGAGGCGGGUCUGGAGGAUGAUGAUGUUUCAGCAGAAAAAAUAGCGCCCGCUUUGUUAGCAUAUGGUGCUCAACUAGAAAACUCAUUGCAAGCGGAUCUGCAGCUCUUCCUGGAUUACAAGCAGCGGCUUUUGGACAUCCGACAGAAUCAAGCUAAAUCCGGUGAGGGGUACAUCGAAGCGGAUGUUAAUCUGAAAGAGGUGGACCUACUGUCGGACACCACCAGUCUCCACUCCUCGCAGUACAGCGGCACUUCACGAGGGACUGGAAAGACAUUCCGCUCAAGCAAAAACCGACGCAAGCACGAACGCAAGCUGUUCAGCCUGAAGCCGGGCAACCCCUUCGAAGACAUCGCGCUCAUCGAUGCGCUGCACAACCACGUCACGAAGAUAGCCCAACAGCAGCAGCCUGUGCGUGACACAUGCAAAGCGCUCCUACAGCUCGCCAGUGCCGCGGACGCAGAUCCCCUGGCAGCCGCACUGCAGCGUGAAUUCAAGACACUGUUGCAAGCGGUGGAUGCGGCGCUGGACGAGAUCUGGACGCCGGAGCUACGGGGAAACGGAUUGAUGGCGGAUCAUCUUACGGGACCCAAUGUGGAUUACCUUGCCCUGCAGAAGGAGCAGCGCUAUGCCUUGCUAAGUCCCCUGAAGCGCUUCAAGCCGCAGCUGAUUAUGAUGGACUGGCAACACGAGAUCCUCCAGUGAAUCUUCGACGGGAUCAUUGGAUUUGCGUGCUGCACUCAUCCUCCCACCAAUCCGUAGUCGUCUCAGUCUCCCACUUUUGUUUACUUUCACUGCUUUAAUAAUAAAUGUAGCAUUGAAAUGCUAAUUGAAUGUA